GAUAAUGCAAGUCAUCGCGGUUAACAUAUUUAUGUUUACUGUGCUUUCAUUCAAUUCAGAUGCAGCUAAAAUAUUAGCAGUGUUCCCAACGCCGUCUAUAAGUCAUCAAGUUGUGUUCCGUCCAAUAGUGCAAGCGUUAGCUAAAAAGGGCCAUGAAGUUAUAGUUAUCACACCAGAUCCCGCUUUUCCCAAAGGUAAAUCUCCUGCAAACUUAACGGAAGUUGACGUUCAUGAUUUGUCAUAUAAUGCUAUCAGACCAGACUUUCUUAACGAAUUUAUGGGCGAUAAUAUAAAAGCUAUUAUGAAUAUAGGAGAAACAUUGGAAUUGAUGAUUGAUAUAUUUGAGAAACAAAUACAGGUCCCCGAAGUAAGAGAUUUAAUGAAUGAUGAAACGACAAAAUUUGACAUGAUACUUGUGGAAGCAUAUACACAAACAGCUUUAGGAUUUGGACAUUUCUAUAAAGCUCCGGUGAUACAAAUAAGUUCACUUGGUAUGGAUCCGUAUAUAUACAAUUGCUUUGGGGCGCCUAGUCAUCCAUUUCUCUACCCAUCCAUUGCAGCGUACAGAUUGUACAAUUUGUCAAUAGCAGAAAAAAUAUUUGAACUCGUUCGAACAGCUCUUUAUGCAUAUAUCGCAUAUCCUAGUUUUGAAUAUGGUCAUGCAAUGAUGAAGAGAAAUUUUGGAAAAGAUGUUCCAAACCAAGUGUCUUUACAAAAUGAUGUGAAAAUGUUAUUUUUGAAUGAACAUCCUAUUUGGAGUGAUAGUCAUCCUGUUCCACCAAACAUAAAAUUCUUAGGAGGAAUUCAUCAGACUCCCACAAAAGCAUUACCACAGGAUCUUAAAAAAUAUUUGGAUACGUCAGAAUAUGGUGUUAUUUAUGUAAGUUUUGGCAGUAACGCAAAACCUUCUCGGAUUCCACGAGACAAAAUUAAUGUGAUGAUAAAAAUAUUCUCUACUUUACCUUACGAUAUACUAUGGAAAUGGGAUGCAGAUGAUCUACCUGGGAAAUCAGAUAAUAUUAAUUUUUUUAAAUGGCUGCCACAAUCGGAUUUGUUAAAGCAUCCCAAUAUCAAAAUAUUUAUAACACAAGGUGGACUUCAGUCUACUGAUGAAGCAAUAAAUGCUGCAGUUCCCCUUAUUGGAAUACCGCUUUUCGGUGAUCAGUGGUACAACGUUGAAAAAUACGUUCACCACGGAAUUGGUAUAAAGCUCGAUAUAUUAACUUUGACUGAAAAUGAAUUCAAAGUAGCAUUGGAGGAAAUACUUGGAAAUAAGAGUUACAGAAACAAUAUUCUACGACUUCGUUCCCUUAUGCGGGAACAUCCAAUACCACCCGUUGAUAUGGCAGUAUGGUGGAUAGAGCAUAUCCUACGAUUUGGUUCUGAACACCUGAAAUCACCAGCUGCGGGACUUUCGUUAACACAGUAUUAUGAAAUACCAUUGGUCUUAACAAUUGCUUCUAUAAUUUUCUUUAUUCUAUUAGUAAUUAUUUUUAUUGUGUGGUAUUUUCUUCAUUCAAUUUGUUAUUAUUUGAAGCCCACAAAAAAGGAUCAGCUAGUAAAAUGUAAAACAAAUUAAUAACCUUUUAAUAUUUUUUAAACGAAUUGAAUACUCUUACGGAUUAACAGUGAACUUUCAUGCAUUUUGAUACCUUUCAUACUGCCCAUGCGGCGUGAAUAAAUAUUGUGAUUAUAGUUAUAAUUCAGAA